UCUUUCCCUCCCCCUCCCCCUCCUCCUCCUCUUCUUCCUCUUCCUCCUCCUCCUCCUUGUCUUGGAUCUGCAGCAGCGCCAAAUUGGGCGAAAAAUGACCAGCACGGCUCGCGGCGAGGACCAGUAUUAUGAAACGAUAACAUCGAUUCAACAAAGCAUGCAUAAAAGGGAGAAACGGAGGCUGGAGCUGGAGAGGGAACUGUUUGCUUACUCCAGAUCUGAUAAGAGAAUCUCACAGAUAAAGUGUUCCAAACUGCGCAGUUAUCUCAAGGAAAUCUGUGACAGGGAAGCACGAGCGAAAAUGAGAAACCUUGAGCUUCUGAGAGAUGUGGAGUGCAUAGAAAUCAGCAUGAAGGAAUAUCGUCCUGACCGUGGCCCCCUGCAACAACAAAAGACUGACUUUUUCAAGAAGAUUUCUAGAUUUAUGGAAGCAAGGAAGAAAAUGGAGCAAGAGCUUGGCACAGCAACGGUUGAAACUGUGCAUAGGCAGCACCAGGACAGCUCCCUCUCUCACCCAGCUAAGGAGUUUACACAACCACCAGCGGUAAUUUUUAUGGGUCGCCAGACCUCCAGAGGGUCUGACGCUGAAGCUGGCACCACAAGUGUACACUCACACCAAGCAUUGCAUCGUUCACCCAAUCGCAGCAUGCACUCCCGCGAACGUCUACCAAGUGGCCUUUUGAAGGACUUCAGAGUUGGCGGAGAGGAUGCCGCCAGCAACCGAGCACAUUUAUCAGAUGACAUUUCAGGCUCAAACGAUUCCCCUGACGGCUGUAAUUUGAGUGACAAACAUGAAAGAACGAUGGCGAUGCUCCCAUCUGUUCGUGCCUUAAUAGGCGCAGCUGGUGAUGUGCCUUUUGGAAGUGAUGAUGAACAAGAACCGUCACCUAUGGUGACCUUGACGGGGCCUGAGAAGAAUCUGUCUCCCAGCAGCAGCAGCCCCACGAAGGCUAAGAAUUCCCCUGCAGAACACACUGACUCCCGAGCGGUGGCUCAUCAUCAGCCACCUAUAAUGGAAGAUGGAGAGAGAGGUCUCAGCCAUUUAAUGCCUCAAACUGCUUUUGGAAAGGAAGCUCAAGAUACACCAGGUAGAUGUGACAGCGUCAGCACACCAAGCUCUGAUGUGCAGUUGUCAGAGAGCAGUGCUAGUGACCUGUCCAUUUCUCUUACACAAUCUGAGCUGGAUGAGGAUCUACCAGAGGGUGUGGCAUCUGAGAGGAAUCCCACUUCUGGAAGGAGUGGAGAUCACAAUCAGCACAGUCCUGAAUCAUCCCUCCACACUGAUGGGUCCAAGAACACACCACAGUUAAACUGUGCAUCUUCAACUCCAGUUGUAACCUUGGAAAGUCUCUCCCAGGAAGGGCUCUUUAAUCUGCUAGACAGCAUCGAAGGACGACUCCAUGGUGAACAGACCAGUGUGUAUGGGGAUUCUUCAAUUGAUGCAAGACAGCUCAAUAAAAUUAUCAGCCUUUGUAACGCUGGAGCGGGCUUGAAUCACGAGGACCUUGAAGCAUGUGGAGCAGUCAUCCUUCAUGAGCUUCAGAGGUUGUCAUGGAGCACAGAAAAGGGCUGCCUGCUACCACAGGAUAUAGUGAGUGCUCACCAGCUCAGCACUGAGCCUAAUGAAAUAAGCGCCAGCCUCUCUCCUGAUGCCGCUCGGCUGUGGGAUCGCUGGUUCAAGCACACCCUCCUGCUCAAGGAGCGCCGUGUCCUUAGCACUGAGCGCCUGGUCCAGCUGUUCACACCGCUGCUGCUAGAGCGCCAUGCCACCUACAGCCACCAGGCCAAAGUGCUGCUGAGGACACUUGUGUCCCGGUCCAGUGAGGAGUGCCCCUCAGCAGAGGACGAGAGUGACUUGUCUUCUUCAUGUGGUCCUCCUUCUCUCCUGGCUGACGGUGAUGUGAAGCCCGCCAGGCCAGUACAGAAGCAACAGAUCCAAGAACUACAAAGUACUGAAGAGGACAGCCAGGACGAAAGCCCUGUGGAAAGUGUUCCUAUUAGAGAGACAAAAGCAUAUCAGUUACUUAAACAAUCAGCCAUGCAGGAAAGACUGCAGAGUUCUGAAGAGGAGGAGGAGGAGGACGACGACAAUGGCCUCUCAGGAAUAAAUCAUGGCCAUGAAGAGGACCUGGGGAGGGCCAAACGCUCCUCACAUCAAGACCCUUACCCUCGGAAAGAGAAGACUUACUCAAAGGCUCUUUCUGCUCUACAGUCAAAAGCUUUCUGGGGGGACUCAGAUGACAGCAAUUCAGAGAUUGAAGCCGCCUUGCGUCCUCAACCUUUCAACACAAACAUCGAUGACACUGAUGACUUCUGUGACUGAUAUUUCCCCCGCAGAUAUUUUUUAAAUGCACUACAUUAUAUCACUGCAAAAAUUUCAGGCAGUUUGGCUCACAGUAAUUCACCUCCUGACCAUUAUUUUAGUGGUCUGCAUUGUAAAUCAUAUGCACACUGUAUCGUAAAAACAAAUAAUAAAGUUGACAGCUCUCACGCUGGGUAAAGUAUGUGAAGAGUUGUCCAACACUCUGAUGUUAACCCUGCUUCAGUCUCUUUAUCUGAACAACUCUCCCAGCUCAUAAUAACAGCUCGAAAUAGAUUAAACUGAUCUUUUAAAGCGAUUUGUUUGCACUAGGCUGAAAAUCAUGCAUUUUGAAUGCCGCAAGCAUCUCCGAGUGCUCUACCUCCAGCAUGCUCGAGUGUAAUGAUGUGAGUCACCUGUGAAAUGACAAAGCACAAUGGCCACUCUGCACGCUGCUGCGCGACCUGUGAACCUGCUGAAGAGGCCCAUCUCCCAGGGCACAAAGUGUUAUAGCGCUAACAAACUCAGAAUAUUUAGAACCUCCAACAAACACUCUACACAUAUUUCCACAGCUGCUUCUUUAACAACAAUGGUCAUGCUACAGAAAUACAAAGAUGCAUGUCUAAAUUCUUCUGUAUUGUGCAAAUAAGGAGAAGCAGAAUUGUUGCCGGAAGCACACAAUAGUCUUCUGCAAUUUAUGAUUUUGCAGCACGUUGAGUGUUCUGUAUCUAUUAAUAACUCGGAGCUACUGUGUGGGAGGAUACAUUCCUAAGUUUACAUUUAUAGUUCAUUAUGUCUGUAGUGUAAAUUUCCAAAACUGCCAUUCUGGGAUGUGGUAAAAGCCCCUGGCAUUCAGUGUCAGCAGGAUUCCAUUAGUCAGCUUUAGGUGACUUUACAUGCCUGAACCUUUUAAAGUAGGACUCCACAUUCAUUACCAAUAAUGGCUUCAGACAGCCCUGACCCACCACAGAAAAGGGACUGUGGCAGAAUAAUUUGGAGUUUGCUAAAAGGCUCCCUAACAUAAUAUCCAUGUUAAGGAGCAUGUCAACAGAUACUUGUGUGCGACAGAUAGCUCAUGGUGGAAGUGGAGUUAUAUUGUACUAAUGUGUACUAACACAAUAACAUUUUUAAAAAGAACUUCUCUUAUUUUGUGCCAGAGACGAUGAUGAUGAUAUUCAGCUCAUUCUAUUUAGAGCGUGUGUAGUCAGACUGUCAUGGGAGGAAGGUUUUAUCUUGCAGGGGUGUUAUCCACAGUGACUGACUCAAUUACACUAUCUGCUUUGCCACAUUACCUGAUCUGUCAUGUUCAGGCUGACAUUAGACAGAGCUUAGUUCUUACAACAGUGGUUUAGUGAAGGUGAUUCAGGUGAUUUAUUUUGACUGAAUAGAUGGUGUCUCAAGAUGUAGAUUGUCUCAAGAAUGAGGGAGGAUGGGGAACAAAUAUUUUGUUAUGAUUGUUCUAUAAGACCACUUAAAAAACACUAAAAAAUAAUUAUUCGGUCCAAAUUGAGAGCAUUUUUCUUAAUAAUAGCAAAUGCUUUCUAGUUUUAAAGAACAUUGGAAUCUGAGGGACGUCAUCUUGAGUAACCUUUUAAAACAUGCCAUACCUACACCAUUUGGAUGAUUCAGACUCUACACUAGUCUAAGUGUCACAACCCCUGAGGUGUAAUAUUACUGGUGACACUGGUGGAAAUGGGCCCUGAAAAUUAGCAGGUUAAUAGGUUGUAGCAUCAGCUUGCAGUACAAAGAUUCCCAAUAUUAAUUAUUAUAUUAUUAGAAUAUUAAUAAUAGUACAGCAGAUCCUAUCACAGUACUUGUACAGCAAUUAAUACACAUACACAAAGUUAUUAUAAUAUAGUAUGAUUGCAGAGAUUGAGAUUUUUGUAAAGGUUGAAAUGAUUGGAGGACUAAUUAGAACUUUACGGGUUUCUUGUGUGUUUUAAUACAAUGAAAAUUCAAGGUUUUGUCUCUAUCAGAUGUGAAGGUAUCACAAAUUUAGACUGAGUUGUCCUUGCAAGCAUGUGUCCCUUUCAGACGAUAAUAAGCGCAGCAACCUAAACGGGACAUCUGUGAGAAGCAAUGUCAGACUUAAAUUCAGAUUCUCUUUUCUUAAAGAGCUUUUUUUAUUGUGAAACAUUUCUGUCAAAUAUACUGCAUGUAAGCAGCUACAUGGGCUCGAAGAGAAAACCUUUUCUUCAUUGUCGUCUUCAGAAUUUAAUAGAUAACAAUUCAGAAUGAUGUUUUGGAUCACUGAUGGCUCAUUGCUGAGGCAGUAUGUCUAGCUUUUCAUGUAGUGUUCUGUUACUCAUUUAGCCUUCAAUAGCAGUUGAGAAAUGAGUAAACAUAACAAUAACAUGCACAACAACCGUGUCUGCUGGUGACACGUGAUCACAUCUCAUGCUAUGACCCAUUCUUUAUGCACCCAUAGAGCUCCACAUCUGUGUAACAAUGGUCAAGGUCUGGCAGUAUGCAGUUUUGUUAAACAUACAAAUACAAUAUCUGUAAUAGUAACCUGUUGGCUGUUUGACAACACCGCAGACAACAUUUCAGCACUGAUAUAACAGGAAAACGGUACAGCAUGUUGAGCUUAUCACAUGAACUAGUGAAUUGCACAAAGAAAAAACUGUUUAGUGCAUUCACGUAUUUGUGAUGAACUGUUCAUGUUCUCGUGUCAUUCAUUUACUAGAUUUCCCACGAUUAGCGUCGUAGCAUUGUGAGUCCAUUAUUCAAAACAUGUCUUGUGUUACGGUCCACUAUGAAAUGAGAAAUGGUGUCUUUGAUGUUGAAGUUUGAUUGUCUAACAGUGCAGCAAAAGGUUUAGUUUUGAAAAGUUGAUUUUGAUGCACUCACACUAGAGCUGAAAGAAAAGAAUCGAUUAGUCGGUCGACAGAAAAUUAAUCUGCAGUCAUUUUGAUAAUCUGUCAUUUGAGUAAUUUUUAAAGUAUGAAUUAUGAAAAUUCACAGGUUCCAGCUUCUCAAGUGUAUUUUUUUUCUGGUUUUCUUAAUCUUUUAUGGUAACAAACUGAAUAUCUUUUGGAUUUGGACUGCUGUUGGGACAUUUGAAGAUCCCAUCUUGGGGUUCUGGGAAACUGUUAUGGUCAUUUUUAAGUAUUUGCUGACCAAACAAUGAAUCAGUUUAUUGAGAAAAUAUUCUGUAUUAAACAAAAAUGAAAAUAA